GUCGCCUCAAAGGAAGUCAAGGCAUAGACGAAGUAAGACAGAAGAGGACAAAUCGAGUUUGUUUUGGUUCCUUGAUGCAGCUGAAUCUACGAGUGGCAUGCAACUCUAGCCGAUUGAAAAAUCAAAUCCCAUAUCCCUCCCAUCGCACUCUCUAGGCCUGCUUCCUCAAUGGUCUAGGUGGAACAUCGGCCUUAGUGUUUCGCCGUUGUCUAUUCUAAAGGAUUUCCCUCUUCCGUUCACAAAGCCCUUCACCGAAUGAAUUUGUCACGGGUGCGGAUCAUGAGAUCGACCCACAAGACCCCACCCGUGGGCGUGGCUAAGUGGCGCGCUGGGUACAACGACUCACUGUUGAAGGAUACCACGGCGGCCAUGAAGGCCAUUGAAGAGGGUGUGGCCGCUCUAGAUGCAGCUCAAGCGGCAGAAGUGAGCCAAGGUCAGGCGAUGGCCGAGGCCGAUGAGGACGGCUGGAUCACAGUGUCCCGCCACGGACACCGGAAACCCGUUGGUCUGAACACGGAUAAAGCUCAAAAGAAGGUCAUGGCGCGCGAGGCCAAGAAACGAAAGCGCAAGGAGCUGGAAAACUUCUACAAGUUCCAAGUUAAGGAAUCCAAGUUACGCCGUUUGGACGAUUUGCGCGAAAAGUUCCGUGAUGAUAAACGCAAACAAAGUGCUAUGAAAGUCCAACGGAAGUUCAAACCUGACAAAUAAAUAUAUAUAGUAAAAACCCGGA